AUGGCUCCGGCCUGGAACAACUUCCACGUUGGAAGAGACUGCGGUCAUUGCAAAUGGUCCCGGAAAAUCACGCCUAAAUUGACUGUCGCUUCCGGUCAGACUGUCACUUUUGAUGCUAUCGACAGCAGCAACGGCCAACUGAACACCGGAUCCGACGCCUCCGCCAUCAAGACCCUAGAUCUCGGUAUUGCCAACCCGGUGUUCGGUCCAAUCUUCGUCGAGGAUGCCCAACCCGGCGAUGUUCUCAAGGUCGAGGUCCUGAACCUCGAAGUGGCCGACUGGGGUUGGUCCGCCAUCAUCCCGGGCUUUGGUCUUCUGGCCGAGGACUUCCCGGAGCCUGAGAUCAAGAUAUGGUCUCUCGAUCGUGAGAAGGGUUACGCUCAGUUCAAGGACAUGCGGAUCCCUCUCCGUCCCUUCCUUGGAUGCAUGGGGCUGGCCCCCGGCAAUGACGAAGAGCUGUCGACCGUGCCGCCCACUAACCACGGUGGCAACAUGGACUGCCGUGAGCUGGGUGUCGGCUCGACUGUCUACCUGCCUGUCCAGACCGCUGGAGCCUUCUUCAGCUGCGGUGAUGGACACGCUGCUCAGGGUCACGGCGAAGUCUGCGGCACCGCCAUCGAAACUCCUAUCCGCGCAACCCUCCGCUUCGAACUCUGCAAGAACCAACCCUGGGUGACGACCCCUCAAUACCAGACCCCCCCUAUGGCUCAAAUAGCCAACCCUAUUCCGGACCUUGGAACCUACGGCGUGCUCGGUGUCUCGCCUGACAUCUUCGAGGCUGCGAAGAUCGCGACUCGCAACCUUGUUCAAUGGCUCGUCUCGACCAAGGGGCUUACUCCCAGCGAGGCCUACAUCCUGGCCAGUGUGGCUGCGGACCUGAAGAUUGCUGAAAUUGUCAACGUGCCCAACUUUGAAGUGGCCAUGACUCUUCCAUUGGGAAUCUUCAGCAAAUAG